AUGACACUAUAAGGACAAGUUUUUGCCGAACACAAGAGAUUUCAAACUUAGCUCUGUCUUCUAUGUUAUAAAACAGCAACAAAACAACUGAAAAUUGAAACAUUCAUCACUGAAAUUUAUCAAAUGGGAAAUUGUUCUUUCAAGGGUACCACUGGUGAAUGCCAUCACUCUAUCAGAAUUCUAUGUGAUAGUGGUUCAAUUUUACAAUUCAAAGGUCCCAAAACAGUUGCACAAGUCCUCGAAAAUCAUCCGGGUUAUGGUGUUUUUCGCCAAGGCCAUGUGGCACCAUUAUCAGACCAAGAGAGCUUAAGCUAUGGUCUUCUCUAUUAUCUUCUUCCCUUGAAGGAGGUACAACCCGAUCAAAAAACUAGCUCCAGUGACGGAGUUUCUGAACAAGAGCUGGUUCAAAGAUCAGAUGUAGGGAAUGAUGAGAGAGUAAAGAGCUCGGUGCGCGUUGCAGCGUGUGAUUACGUGGAGAAUCUGUCGAAUGGUUCGGCUCUUGAAGUGUUGCCAUCAGCUAAGAAUGGUGUGUGGAAAGUGAAGUUGGUGAUUGAUACAAGACAACUAGAGGAGAUUUUGUCAGAACAGGUGAAUACUGGAGCUUUGAUUGAGAAGAUGAGGAUGGCUGCAACUGCAUAUUCUAUUAGUAGCCCUACAAGGAGCAGGACCAUGAGCACUUGGAAAGUGGGAUGGAAGCCAACAUUUUUCAGAACAUUCUUGACGCCGGUUAGCUCUGGAAAAAUUCCAAAACGUACUGUUUCUGUUGAUGAUGCUGCAGAAGGGUCAAAUUUGGAUUUGAGUUCUUGUUAAGAAAAGGCUUCAAGUUCAUACUCAAGAAUGAAAUUCAUGAGUAUGUUAAAUUGUUAAUUUUAGGUUUUCCCUAACAAUAAGGUUCACAAAGAUGACUUCAUCGAAUAUGUUUAGAAAUUAUAGGUACGUCUAAGAUUGCCUCUGCUUAACUGUAGGGUAUCAUUUGUGAAUAUAUUUGGAUGACUAGUCCAAAUAUGGAUGUAAUAUGCAAUGAAUUUAAGUGUUUACAUUGUUGGAACACAGUUCAAUA